AUGCGCAAACUGAACGGCAGUAUCGUCGUCUUCAUCCUAGGGCUAGCUCUGCUACAGCAACCUCCCCUCGUAUCCUCGGCCAGAAGCAACCAGCAUGGCUGCAGGGCUGCAGACGAUCUAGUCCAGCGAGCUGUGGAGAGAGGAUCUAAGGGAGACGCUGAUGGAGCAUUCAAGCUACUCGUAGAGGCAGUUGACGGCUGUCCCAACCAUGCAGUGGCGCUGGGACACCUCGGCUACAUGUUUGCGAUCGGAGGGAACAUGAGUAGCGCGAAGCUGUUCCUGCAGAGGUCCUUGACCUUCGACUCGAGCCUGAUGCAAGCAUGGAUCAACUUGGGGAACGUGAUGAAGAGCGAGCAAGAGCACCUGGAUGAGACGGAGGGGGACUGGAAGACGGUGUGGAGGAUGUACCGAACUGCAUACAGGUUGUCUCCGAGACAGGUGGAUAUUACCGCAAAUAUGGCAGGGUUGUAUGCGAUGGAGAGAAGCUGGGAACAAGCGGCAUGGAUGUCAACACAAUCAAUGCAGAUUGAGUUCACAGAAGAGGCCUUCUGCGCGAUGAUGAAGGCAUUGGACAACAUCUGUUUGUGGAACCAUCCUCUGAGAGACGACAAGCUCCUUGUCAAACUCCUCUUCGAACGCGCGACUGCCUCGCUCUUGUCUCCGGAGCGAUCGACCAAGGACAAGCUGUGCUUCAACGCCGGGGAGCAGCAGCAGCAGCAGCAGCAGCAGCAGCAGCAGCAGCAGCAGCAGCAGCAGCAGCAGCAGCAGCAGCAGCAGCAGCAGCGAGAUAGACUCAGGGGAAAGCUUCUGAUUGAGAGCACAGCUUCCAACUCCUGCGGGGGAAACGACUGUGCUGUUGAGAUGGAGAACAAGAUUGACACAGAUUUUCAAACUCAGAUGAUGCAGGGAAUGUUUGUUGGCCAUACAAAGGAAAAGAUUGAAGUUCGUCAAGUGUUUUGCAACAACAAAGUCGGACGGAAGGUCAGCAGCGACGACGACGAGCGGGUUGCCGGAAAGAUCAACAGGGCCGGGACGCACAUCCUGGUCAACUUGUUCGGAUUCCUCGAGAAGGCCAGGAACGCCAUCGCAGCGUACCGAGCAGCUCCAGUCCAGAUCAACCACAGAUGGUGCAGCACCACAGGCUCUCCUCAUAUCGACUUUCACGUCUCCGACAAGAUCACUAGCCCUCCGGACUACCGCGGAUUUUACAGCGAGUUCCUGGCGUACAUGCCCAACAGCUACUUAGUGAACAGUCACAGAUUGGCGUAUGCGAACCAGAAGCUGAGCAGCGCGAGUGUGAAACAAGACAAGACGUCCAAAGAAGCUGUUGUGUUUGCGAGCUUGAACAAUCUUUACAAACUUGACGAGAGGUUGUUUGCAACCUGGAUGCAGGUAAUGAGGAAAAUCCCGAGCUCGAUGCUGGUCCUCCUUCAAGGCCGAGAAGGAAUGCGAGCGAAUGCAAGGCUGGCCCAGUAUGCAGAAAGGUUCGGAAUCUCCAAGGAUAGGAUGAUCACAGCUUUACCGGUCAAGAAAGAAGAGCACAUCGCCCGUCACUCUCAGUUCACCUUGUUCCUUGACACGUGGAAGGUUUCGUCGCACAGCACAGCUGUCGACUCUCUGUGGGCAGGACUACCUGUGGUCGUUCUUCCGCAUGAGAAGAUGCAAGCUCGUGUUUCGGCAGCGCUCCUCUAUGUCCUCGGCAUGGUCGAGUUUCUCGCCAGAGAUGUAGGCGAUUACAUGGACAUCAUCCAGACGUUCUGCGCCAACACGACAAAGCAAAGGGUAGCAAGAGACCGACUCGUCAGGCUCCUCGACCAAUCUCCUCUCUUCGAUACUCAGACCUGGAUUAAGGAUGCGGAGAGGAUGCACAGGAUGAUGUGGGACGUGGCGACGAGGCGGAGGAGCGACGAAUCAGCGCGGGCAUCAAAACCCUUCCAUUUGAUCGUCACAGCAAGAGGUUAG